AUGAAGAAAUCUCAGCCUUCGAAAGUCACGGAGCUGAGACGGUCGAGACGCUUGAUGAAGAAGUUAGAGCGUUCGCUUCAAGCAUCCAAGGAUGCUGUAUCUAGUCUCCCGCGGGCAGACGAGACAAUUCCUUCAACCUGCACGGGCUCCGGAUAUCCUCGUCUGAUAGCUGUAUCCAUCCGCCACAUCCCUGCCGACGUCCUGCGACUCGUGUUCUCCGAAUACCUGGACAUUCCCGAUAAUGCUCACAGGUUACAUCGAGCAACAGUUCUUACCAUGGUGUGUCACACUUGGCGAGCUAUUGCGCUAGAUAGCGCGGAGCUCUGGACCGAAAUAAAGCUCUCACUCGACCAUUCUCUACCACCACUCUCGACCAUAUCAGCAGCCCUUUCUCUAUCACGUCAACGGCCUAUUGACGUCUAUUUGCGGGUGGAUAGACAUCUGGAAGAGUCUGAUCAUGCGUAUUGGCGUAGAGCCAUUGAAUUGGUGUGGGAGCACCAAGAGCGGUGGAGCUCUUUCGAUCUCGACUACCUGUACGAUCCCUACAUGCCGGCUUCCAGCAUGGAUCUCAAAUUACAGGGGACUCUGCCUUACCUACGCUUUAUCAAGUGCAAAUUACAAACUUAUCUCAAUGACAGAGGGUACUAUCAGAUUUCCAUCAGCGUUCACAAUUUCGUGGCACCAAGAAUAUGCAACUUGUCCCUUGGACGCUUGGUUAAUGGGGUGUUUAAGUUCACGCCGACGAGUUUAAGCCAUUCAUUCCUUUCACUCGAAUCCCUCCUUCUCGACUCCCGAUUAGUACACUUUCGAAGGGAGAGCCGCGUCGAGAUAUUGAGAGCGCUGGCGUGCCUGCCCAAGCUGAAAGUUCUCCAGAUCAUUGGCAACGGUUGGGAAGGCUCUCUCACGACACCCAGCCCCCCGAUUUGUUUGUCGUCCCUCAGGGAGCUCACCAUCACGUCGUGCGGGGAUUCGGCGAUCGCCGAAUGGCUGGCUAUAUUUCGGGCUCCAACUUUGACGACUAUUGUCUUACCUGUUUGCGAGAUGAAGAUGCGGGGCUUUGACACAUUCAAACAGCGGUUUCCGUCAUUGCACAGGAUGCAUUUUGGCGUACGCUAUCCAAUGGGUUCACUUACUCCCUAUGCCAAAUUCUCAAGAUACGUAUCAGUUAUAGAGCUCAAAACCUCUGUCAGCGAGUAUUGGAGCUUCCGGUGUUUGAUGCAAAAUUUGGAGCAGAAUGGCACCCAUCUUUUUCCUUUGUUACAUCGACUGGAGAUCCACUUUUCGCGCCGCCUGGAAGAAAAAUCCAUCGACAGGUACUUGAUAGAGGCUCUUCGCAACCUCGUCAAGACACGUUCGUGGAAGAGAGCUUCUAGCAGAAAUAACGACCUCGAUACAACUGGUGCCACGCUCCGGGAGGUGCAUAUACGGACCUCUGGGAAUAUGACACCAUCGCUGAGAAAAUGGUUCGAGGAGUACUUGGUAUGCUUUACCUGCUCGUCAACGACACUGCAAGAUUUGCAAGAAGAGACAGUGAGACUGGUGAAUGGUGAGGAGGAAUGA